AUUCAGUUCAAGAUCGUUCAAGACAGAUGGUUAAUGUAGAAAUGUUGAACAUCUGAAGUAAAAUGAACCACUUUGGAGGAAAAGGGGUUUAGGUGGGCACUUCAAAAAAAAAAAAAAAAAAAAAGUAUGAUGUAUUAUUCUUUAUAGCAUCGCCCUAUGGCAAAGUGAGGUACUUCUCAACCAUGAUCAUAAGGAAACAUGGUUCCAAAUGCAGGUUUAUGGUGAUUUGCUGGAUUCUGCCUUUCUUUUCGACAAAAAUAAUAACAUCAAACGAUCUGAAUGUCACGCCUCCACAAUCAAGUAUCUAAAGAAGAUGGGUAAGAUCGAUGAAAAGGAGAAAGACUGCAAAGUGGAUUUGAUUCUGUUCAAUCAUGGCUACGGGGACAUGUUUACGUGCGAGGAUAAGUGCGGAAGCGCUGGGCCAAGUACCGUGCAUAAUGACGUUGAAAAGGGCAAUAAGCUCAGAGAAAAGCGGCUAUUAUACCUGAAGUCAAUUAUCCCUUACAAAUCAAACAUACGUCACAUCGAAGUAUUAAGUGCUCAAUUACACGGACUGACACUGACCAUAUACGGAUCCAAGAUGACUGAAAUGGAUGAUAUUAUUCACUACCAAAAGGCCUAUGCUUCCAUCCCCAUCUCUCCGCUUAAUCACCUACCUCAAAUAUCCCAUUAUCUUCUAACUGUGCUUUCCUUACAAAGGAAUAUUGCCAUCAAUCUGAAGAAGCUCGAAAUCAUAUUCGAAACAUGCUUAAAAGAUUCUGUGGAAUACCUGACCACUCCAGUUGGUGUCACUAAUAGUAAUAUAUUCUUUCGAGAAGAUACGCCUGGAUCAGAAUCCUCACAUGAAUCAAGUAACAGUAAUCAAUUAGAGCUUGAAGAACAAGAACGUCGCAUAACGGACAGUAUCAAUCAUCAAAUCAAGAAUUUGGAUAAUAACGAUGAAGGCCUAUUGACCGCCAAUGAUUGGGAGAGCUUUAUCACGGAAUAAUUUUUUUUUAUUCAUUUGUUUGAUAUGCAGUAUAAAUAAUCCAUGAAGUCCAUCAUAUAAUACCAUUAAUAUAAAUAAAAAAUAUUGUUGAAUCAUUAAA